GAACUCCACUGAGAGGACAAGUCUUUGCCCCCAGUGUCAGGUUAGCUGAGAAUGCGUUUGUCCAAAGCCCUAGCAGACAUGGAGAUGGCAGACUAUAGCGAGGCCCUGGACCCAGCCUACACCACCCUGGAGUUUGAGAACAUGCAAGUGCUCGCCAUGAGCACAGACUCCUCACCAGCUGAGAGUGCCAACAUGAAUGCUGGCAACCACCUGGGUGCAGGUACCCUGUGCGCCAUUUGUGGGGACCGGGCAACCGGCAAACACUAUGGAGCCUCCAGCUGCGAUGGCUGCAAGGGCUUCUUCAGACGCAGCGUACGCAAAAACCACAUGUACUCCUGCAGGUUCAACAGACAGUGCAUAGUGGACAAAGACAAGAGGAACCAAUGCAGAUACUGUAGGCUAAAGAAAUGCUUUCGAGCCGGGAUGAAGAAAGAAGCUGUACAGAAUGAAAGAGAUAGAAUCAGCACCAGGAGGUCCAGCUAUGAAGACAGCAGCUUACCGUCCAUCAACGCACUCAUCCAAGCUGACGUCCUCUCCAGACAGAUCUCCUCUCCAGGACCCAUCAUCAAUGGUGACAUCCGAACAAAGAAGAUGGCCACCAUCACAGAUGUGUGCGAGUCUAUGAAGCAGCAGUUGCUGGUGCUAGUAGAGUGGGCAAAAUACAUCCCGGCCUUCUGCGACCUCCCCCUGGAUGACCAGGUUGCUUUGCUGCGAGCUCAUGCGGGGGAACAUCUCCUUCUUGGAGCAGCCAAGCGCUCCAUGCUGUACAAGGACCUGUUACUACUAGGUAAUGACUACAUAAUUCCUCGGAAUUGCCCAGAGCUGGAAGUGAGUCGGGUAACGGUGAGAAUUCUCGAUGAGCUGGUCCUUCCUUUCCAGGAGCUCCAAAUAGAUGAUAACGAAUAUGCCUGCUUGAAGGCUAUCGUAUUCUUUGAUCCAGAUGCCAAAGGUCUAAGUGAUCCAAGCAAGAUCAAACGGAUGCGGUACCAGGUGCAGGUUAGCUUAGAGGACUACAUCAACGACCGGCAGUACGACUCGAGGGGACGAUUCGGAGAGCUUCUCCUCCUCCUGCCUACGCUACAGAGCAUCACCUGGCAGAUGAUUGAGCAAAUCCAGUUCGUUAAGCUGUUUGGGAUGGCCAAGAUAGACAACCUCCUCCAGGAGAUGCUUCUAGGAGGCUCUGCAAACGAGGCCCCCCAUGCUCCUCCAUCUCUACACCCACACCUGGUCCAGGAGCACCUCAGCAACAAUGUUAUUGUGACUGCCAGCAUGGCCACUCCAGUUCACAAUGGACAGAUGUGUAAGUUCCUGAACCCAAACCUUGACCAGGUUGAACACAGAUUGGCUAGAGAUGUGCUCUCUUCAGUGUACAAGCCCACUCUCUGAGGCAGAGUCAGCCACUCCUGAAACUCCAAUCCCUUCUCCUCCACCAGCCUCCAGCUCUGAGCACUACAAACUGGCCCAGGGGGUCAUAGCGACAGUGCCCAAACAGCCAACGGCCAUCCCUCAGCCCACAAUCACCAAGCAAGAGACCAUCUGAAUGCCAUCACGAAACAAAGAAUAUGGUGUAUUGUGCAUUAGCACUAGCGAACCACACUUCAACAAGAGGCUGCUUCAUAGAUCCUUGGACAAAACUAGGUAGUUAUAAUUUUGAAGUAGCCAUUAGCAAAACAUUCAGUAGCAAUUUGCAUUGGUCUCUUUGUGAAGCAUGUGCUCAUGGUAUGAGCAUCUGCAAAACGGCAUAAUGUAAAGUACAUUUCAGGUUUUUCUCCUCCUUUUUUGUAAAAACUAAAAGUGAGCAACAAACGAAAACCCCUAUCAUAUAUAAUGGCAUGUAGGCCAGAAGAACAGUCAAAGACCUCAGGAGUGAACAGUAACUAUACUGUGGAUGAAGCCUGAUUUUACAAAUUUCAUCCUCAUUUAUAGGCUAAUGUCUUUCUAAACUAGUGGAACAUAUUUAUACUCCCCUUGGAGACAGAUUUCAUUGAGUCGGAGAGGAUGGUUAGCAGAGUUUAUAUUGUUAUUUUAAGAAUAAUAAAUGUUACAACAAGGCCUUGGUAAGAGUUAGAUGUUUAUGUUGUACAGUAUUUUAAUGACCAACGUGACCUGACUGAUUUCUACAGUACUUAAGAAUAGGCUACAUGACAUUGUUUGUGCCUUGGAAAUUUUAUAAUUUGUGUAAACUGCUCAUUAUUAGGUGUUCAGAGUUAUAUGCAUCUUGUUUUUUUUCCUCUGAUGUAUUAUAGAUUAAUGUAAAUCUCAUGGCUUCUGCUUUUUCUUGUGAACAGAAAAUAUAUAUUGUGACAUACUUUAUAAAAUAAUACAUAUGUUCCAGAUAUCCAGUCUUUAUGUCUAUUGGGAUGGAAACAAAUGUUUAAAUAUACUGCUUUACCCCAGGACUCCAUCACUAAGGAGUGACAUCUAUUUUCUGUGAGAAUAGCAAAGAGGGUUUGGAUGUUUGUCACUGAAGUAGAUAGCCAUAUGUUUGUAUGUGUUAGUGUAGACAUUGCUGUUUGGUGACUUCUCAGCGAGCAAAAAAAGUGCCUUGCCAUACCUUCAGGGAGAAGGAUGAUUUCAACCUUGCAGUGUGAACUGAUAUUAAAUGUCAAGGUUAUAUUUUUACAUAAACAUGUGCAGCCUAUUUAUUUUAUAUUAUGUAUAGUAUUUUUUGCCAUGUGUUUCUUAAUUUGUUCAUUAGGGCUGCCACGAAUGUUCUCCAUGUUCUCCAUGAAUCAGCAUAAAGAUUAGUUUGCUAUUUCAUUGACAAACAGGGUGUCUGCAGGUCAUUAUAACUAUUUGCAAAUUCUCCACAAGCACCACUGAAAGAGAGGAAACCCAUACCAGCAGGAUCCCACAAAUGCACAUAUGUUUUUAGUGCAUUUAAAUUUCAUAUACAUUAAGUUAAAUUUGUUGUUACAAAUUGCAUGUAUGUGAAGUAAAAGGCUUUGUUUAA